UGGUGUGGGAAACGGGCGAUUCUAGUGUUAACUGGGUGGUUAUGCUUUUUACCACGCACCUUACAUGAAGGCUGCAGCACAUAUACAUGCUGAUUUAGCAAGUAUGUUUUACUUUUUAAUCUACUCUUAUAUAUUUUUAACCAGGUUAUUUUGUUUAAUGCGUAUAAUUACAUAAAAUGUGUUUAUGUUGAAUUUGUUAAUUUGCUAUCGCGACGCUCCGUCAGACUGUGUAAUAGAAAAAUCACACAACGCAGAUAAACCGGUUACGUACACUACGUAAGGAACGUCGAGUAUUCUGAUUACAGCUGAAGCUUUCAAGAAAAUAAAAUGUUUUAUUUUUUAUAAAUAGGCUGUUGUAUAAUCAGGCUGUAGACUCCUCGCCGUGUUACCGGUACAGUGCAAAUCCAUGUCGUGGCGCACAGUCACACCGCUGAUGACUGACACCGGUGUACCGCCCACCCCUAUAUGCUCCACAACACUGGCCUUUCGACAUCUAUUAGAAAUACAUUUUUGCCAUUCAUACAACGCUCUUCGUCUGGAUUUGAAGAAUAUAUGUUUAAAUGCAUAUUGUAAUGCCUCGCUUGAGCGCAGCUCUUGGAAUUGUUACCAUGAUCGCAAAACUGUGCUCUGUGGAAAACAAAUGGCAUGUAAGGUCCGUUGGGAGUCUCCCAGUAUCAUACAGCCCGUUUGUGCAGGGCAGUUGUGGAAGAUCAGUACAGGGGUAUAUUGUAGGCCCAUGCAGUAGGGGCAGUGUGGCAAUCCUAGAAACCUAUUUAAGAGACUGGUUAUGGCUGGAUCACAGAUACUACUGUGUUUGUGUCUGUUUAUUUAUCACGUUUAGCUAAAUCUGGGUAAUACCAAAGACAUAAGCCCAUUGGCCACACCUCUGCUCAUCACGAGCCUUUAUCAAUAACAUGAGCUAAUUACAAAACAACCCAGAAUCGAAAGUGAAACGUAGAGUGAAGUUCAGGAACACACUGCAAGUCAUUAUUUCACGAUGGAGGAUUUUCUGUAUCCAGUUGAAGUUGAAGGCGAGUGGGGUUGCCAAAAUCAAAAAGUGAAGACCAAGCUUCAGAUAUACUUUCAAAGUAAGAAAAAGUCUAACGGUGGCGACUGUGUGGUUGGAUUCAACGAGGUUACCGGAAAAUUUAUCGUCAGUUUCAAAACUGAGGAGGUUAGGAGGAAAGUGCUAGAGAAAGGAGACCAUGAAACUACGAUAGAAAACAAGGAAGUGAAACUGCGCGUUAAUGCUUUGGCGAGCUCUACGCAAGCAGAGCCACCUCAGACGGAAGGAGAGACCAGUAAGUCAUCAGGUUCGGGCUCUCAGGCUGAUGGGGACCUUCCAAAAGGAGCCGAGGGGUCUCCCCAGCGGCCUGUUGUUGUUCUGGAAAACGUGCAAGAGAACUUCUCUGAAGAAAUGCUGGUCCUCAUGGUGGAGAACAUCAGUGAUCUGACAGAGGAUGAUUUCAGUCUGGAAAUGAUAUCUGAGAGACGGACAGCAGUCGUAUCUUUCAAGAACGCCAGUGAUGCUACACAGUUCCUGUCGAAGUGUGUAAAGAACAACAGAUUCCAGCAGUCUGGAUUCAAGGCCAGGCUUCUGGAGCGUACCAGGAGUGUGAGAGUAGAGAAUCUGCCCCCUCAGGUUAUGAAGGAUAUGCUAGAACUUUACUUUGAGAGGAAGAAGGAAGGAGGAGGAGAAAUAGAGGCUAUCAAAAUGAUUCCUGAAGAAGAAGCAGCCAUAGUCACCUUUCUGGACCCUGAAGUCACGGAAACCAUACGAGGAAGGAAGCAUCACAUUUAUGAAGUCCCGAUAAAUGUUUACCCCUUCUAUGAGUCUAUCGGAACAGCCCUAUAUGGCAAAGACAGACCAAGAUGGAAGUUGCCUGAUCCUUUUACUGAAAGUAUUCAUCCUGCUGUGUGGAAGUUUCUGCAAAAGAAAAGUGAAAUUAGAACCAUCAACAAAGAAAUGAGUAAAUACUUCUGUGAAGUGCAGCUGGAUUCUUCUGAUGUCAAGCUCACUCCUUUGCCUACUUUGCUGAAACAGAAGUGUUUGUCAGUGAAGCACAUAGACAGCUGGAAAAAGAAUGCGACAGACGCAUUCCAGAACAUAAUGACCAAGUACAAGACCGUUGAAUGUGUUGUGAAUAACCCUGUAUGGACGGUGGCUGAAAAAGAAAUUUCCUCGGUAGCAAAACAAGACAUCAUCCUACUGCAUGAUCAGACCAAAGGGGUUCUGACAGUUGCAGGCUUAGUGCAAGAUGUUGAUCGGCUGAAGCGAGUGGUUGAGGGAAUCGUGCACAAAGUGACCAAUCAAAUAGAGAGAGCGGAUCAAAGUGUCUCUGAAGAGCUGCAGGUGCCGCCAGGGAUGUUCUACAUACUGCAGCAAGAUGGCCUCCAGCAGGAAGCCCGUCGUUACCCAGAGAUGACUUAUGCAUACAAAUCUGAUGUCAAGAAGCUGAUUCUGUCUGGUUUACCUCUUGAAGUGCUUCACUUGAAAAGUUGGAUUUUUGAACAUCAGCUGAAAAUGAAACAGAAGCAGGUGGAGAUUGAAUCUGAUAUUUUGGGUUUUCUCAGUGCUGUCAACAGUGAAGAGAUGUCGUCUCACCUCUUUACCUCUUGCCGCAUCGCUGCUGUAUAUGGGGUUGAAGGUUCCAACGUGGUGCUGACUGGAAAUUCUGACAAGGCUCUGGCUGACGCUCAGCGACGGCUGAGGGAUGUUCUGACAUUUCAGCAUAUUGCCGUUAAGGACCGAGUUGUCUUGAGCAGACCUGAGUGGCAGAUAUUACACAAAAAGUUAAAGGACACUUACAGCUCAUCUAAGAAGAACACAGUGACCAUAAAGCUUACUGCCCAAGAUAGAAUCACAGUAUCUGGAUUUUGUGAAGAUGUGAAAGAAGUCUGUGAAAGCCUGUCUGAUUUUAUCAACACAUAUACACGUGUGCAAGAGGUUAUCCAAGUACAAUCUGCUGCAGUCAUUAAAUUCAUUCAAGAGAAGAAAAUACAUACUUGGAAGAACUUUCUAACCUCUAAAGAUGCUGAGGUCUUUUUUGAGUCAAAGAGGCCCCGUAUACAACUGAAUGGAACACAGUACUCUGUCCAGGAAGUGAAGAGCUUCUUUCAAAAAAUAGUAAACUCUCUUCAUGUAGAUUUUCUGAAGAUCGUCAAACCUGGAGCAAAGAAAUAUUUCCUGGAGAAACAAGACGUGUUCAAUACCAUGAUUCUGAAGGAUACUAACUGCAUGGUAAUGUUGCAGGAGGACGUGAUAUCGGAGGAAAUGGUGGAGGAAGUAGGCAGCCUAUCAACUUACUGUAAGGUACAGAUGCCUAAUGGAUUGAUUAUCACAGUUGCCAAAGCUGACUUAUGCAAGUAUCAAGCUGAUGUGGUUGUCAAUGCCUCAAAUGAAGGUCUGCAGCAUAUUGGGGGUCUGGCGUUGGCCCUCCUUCGGGCUGCUGGUCCACAGUUACAGGAUGUGUGUAAUCGCUACAGAAGCAAGAAUGGAGAUCUUAAGCCCGGCGAUGCUAUCGUCACAGAAGCGGGCAACCUUCCAUGUCAGUAUGUUAUCCAUGCAGUUGGGCCCAGGUUCUCUGACUGGGACAAAAGCACAGCCGUGCGGCUUCUCAGGCGCGUUGUGAGGCAGGCUCUGAAUUUGGUCAUGGAGAAAGGGUGCCGCUCUGUGGCCAUCCCAGCUAUCAGCUCUGGUAUUUUUGGAUUCCCACUGGAUCUCUGCGCAGAGACCAUUGCAGCAGUGGUCCAUGAGCACUGUGUGGAUCACGUCCCAGGGAAUAGCUCUCUGAGUGAGAUUCACCUAGUGAACCAUGAUGAAAAGACCACGCAAGCCAUGACUGAGGCUGUGAAGGCGGUUUUUGGGCAGCAAGUACAGCUGAUGUUACGACCGAGCAAGCCAGUUUUCUUGGAAGACGCUAGCAGGACAAGGCCUGCGUUGGGAACCAACGACCAGUCACUCAGAAAGGCUACGAGGGGUGAAGUGCUGGAGAGGAUGCACACUGGAGAAGGUCUUAGAAUCAGACUCAGAACAGGAAACAUCGAAGAUGCAGCAACCACUGUGAUUGUUAACACCAUCUCUGAUGACCUGAACCUUAACAAAGGGGCUGUGUCUCAGGCCAUUUUAUCAGCUGCCGGGCACAAGAUACAGUCUGCUGUGUAUGACAAGACCAGGAAAUCUACAAUAGAGUACGGAAGUAUUGUGGUCACUGAUGGCUACGGCCUGAAGUGUGAACAAGUAUUCCAUACGGUUUGUCCUUUCUGGAACAAUGCAUCCGGCAAAUCAGAGCAGAUAUUGAUUAACAUCAUCCAGAGAUGCCUGACAGCAGCUGAAAAGCACAAGAUGGAGUCGAUUUCUAUCCCAGCUCUUGGUACAGGUAACCUGGGCUUCCCCAAGGACCUGGUGGCCAAACUGUUGCUGUCUGAGGUUCAGGCAUAUAGUCGAAAACAUGCCCCGAAGCACCUGUCAGAGGUCGACAUCAUUCUGCACCCUGGAGACUCUGAAACUAUUGCUUGUUUCAGAAGACAGUUUGGAGACCAUAAGCAGACCCAUAAGGGGCAGUAUGGACAGCAUGAUGAACUUCCACAGGCUACUAGCCCCUCUGGUCCUUUGCAACAGAGCUCCUCUGGAUUCUUUAGCCAGAUCUCUACACCAUCCCUGGGUGUGUAUAUGAUGCGUGUAGGAACCCUGAUGUUGGAGGUGUCCUCUGGAGACAUCACCAAGCAGAACACAGAUGCCAUUGUCAACUCCUCUAAUGACUCGUUCACUCUCAAAACAGGUGUUUCCAGAGCAAUUCUGAUGGCAGCUGGCUUUGCUGUGGAGGAUGAAUGUAAAAGGUUGGGUUCCCAGCCACACAAGGGUUAUUUACUAACCCAGCCAGGUCAGCUGUCCUGUAAAAACAUAAUUCACAUUGUCGGGCAGACUGACCCCAAUAAAAUCAAGGAGAUGGUCUACAAGGUGCUUCAGGUGUGUGAGGAGAAUCGGUUUGUUUCCGUCUCUCUUCCAGCCAUUGGCACAGGUGCUGGAGGGGUAAGCCCAUCUCUGGUGGCAGAUGCCAUGAUAAAUGCCGUGGUAGACUUUGAGAAGAAGAAGAAGGGAACGUCUCUGAAGUGUGUGAAGAUCGUAGUUUUCCAGGCAGGAAUGAUGGCUGACUUUCACAGGAGCCUGAAGACGAAAGAAGGCACAGAUCAGCCAGAGGAGAAGAGUAUAUUCUCAAGAAUAAAAGAUACAUUUACUAGUGUGUUUGGAGGUACCAGUGUUCGACCUGAUGUCGAAGAAGAUUUCACCAUAGUAGGAGAAGAGUUCGUUCCAGCCAUAUUUCAUUUUUGCGGGGAGAGUCACGAGGAGGUGUCCAAAGCCAAGAACUAUGUCCAGGACCUCAUCAUGAAAGAACAAAUGGAACAUACCAUCAAGGACAGUUGUAUCAGCUUAUUCACUCAGGAGGACUGUGGGAAGCUUCUGGACCUGCAGAAGAAGUUGACAGUGAGCAUUCAUCUAGAGAAGCGAGGCGCUGACUCCAUCAUCCAAUUAGAGGGCCUCUCCAGGGAUGUUUUGACAGCCAAUGAUAGUAUUAAGGAAAUGAUGCGCAAGGUGGAGAGUUUGGACAGACGCAAGCGUGAAGCGGCCCUUGUGGGUGCCAUGGUGGAGUGGCAGCAUGAUGCUUCCGGAACAUUCGUUCCUUUUGACCCCUUCACCAAUCUUGCCCUUGAACAGGCCUUUGAUAGCCAUUCUGCUAAAGUUAAAAUAAACAUCAAUAAUUUGGAAUAUAUGGCUGAUUUAACUUCUAAGGAAGCUGUCAGUGGAAGACAAAUUGUCAAGCUCAAAAGAAAAGAACGUAAAGCUACAGAAGGUCUUCCAGGUGAUUGGGAUGACAUGACAGGUUCUGAACUGCUUGAAGUGGUCCUGGGAACCAGCUCUACAGAAUACCAACGAGUAGAGGCCGAAUUCAGGAAGACCGGUCUAAACAACCAGAUAAUUAAGAUUGUAAGGAUCCAGAAUAACACACUCUGGAAAAAUUACCAGAUCAAGAAGGAUGGUAUGGACAUAAAGAACAAACACAGCAAUAAUGAGAGACUGCUUUUCCAUGGGACAUGUGCAACUACCAUCUCUCUCAUCAAUAGCCAGGGUUUCAAUCGCAGUUAUGCUGGCAAAAAUGCUGCAAUGAUAGGCAAUGGGACUUACUUUGCAGUGGAUCCCAAGUACUCAACCAGUAACACGUACUCCAAGCCUGAUGCCCAGGGGCACAAGAACAUGUACCUGGCCAGAGUGCUGGUGGGGGACUUCACUGGGGGGGCGGCGGGUCUGGUUGUCCCCCCAGUCAAAGCCACAGGAAGUGGUUCUGAUUUAUAUGACAGCGUUGUGGACAAUGUCAGCAGCCCACAAAUGUUUGUCAUAUUUCAUGAUGUGCAGGCUUACCCUGAAUACCUGAUUACCUUCUGUUAAAUAAAGUCCUUUCUCAUUUAUGCAUAAUCAUAUUUCAAAUGGGCUUGUUAGGGUUUUACAUUACUUUUACAUUGAUCAAAUUCUCAAACUGCCCUGGUUUCCUUUCAGCGGCUCCACUUUACAGUUAAUAUCAGAGUUCGGUCAUUUAUGUUGAUUGACCAAGCAAUGAUGCUUUUGUGUUGUUGAUUUCUUGUGUAAAAAAUUGCACACCAAUCCCAGUUCCCAAGUUAUAAUUUUAAUUAAGCUGUGGGCUGAGGUGACACUACGGAAAGAAAAAUACUUCAAGACAGCACACAAAUACUGAAUGAAUUUUGACAAUCCAGUCUCAUAUUCUCAUUAUUUCGAAGUUAGAGGUUUUAGAAAGAUUUUCUUAAAAUCGCUGUUCAUUAAAACAAUUGUCAAUUCAAAUUAAACUUCAAAUAAAAACAUUACAGUUUGCAAAAAGUUGACUUCUACAGCUAGGCAUGUAUCACGGGAUGCCAGGCAUGUAUCAGGGGACUGUACCUGUGUUGCUAUUUCAUUUAUUUGGCUAAUAAUUGGAAAUAACAGAAUAAAAACGUCAGGAGGCCUGUGAAUAUUGAUCACCAGUAGGCUGUGAUGGCAGGACCCUGUCCAAACACAAGACACAUGGAAAUAAUGAUGUGAUCAAUAUUCAUAGUCAGUUUACAAGUAUAAUUUCAUAAUUAUGUAAAAAUUUGCCUGAUGAUCCUUUUUAGUUGUGGAUUACCAUUGUAAGUGCAGGUAGACCAUAUCAACAUAGAACAGCAUACAAUAACAGAUAUUGUAUUGAAAUUACAUUGUGUGUGUCUCUUUAAAUAAACUGUAAAUGAAGUA